AUGGGUGUAAUGCCCACCCCAACACCGCCUAUGGGGCCGCCAUGUUACCCAGACAACUACACCGGCUUUACGGUGGAGCAGCAGAACGAGUUCACUGAGCGUCUGAAUAAUCAGGGGCUGCUCCUUGACAAGAUCGAGGGCAUUGAGCCAGGAUACGAUUCGAGGACCGAUCUUGUGUAUCUCCUCUCGCGCUUCCCGCCUCCUCCGUGGGGUCCUAUCUUCGAGGAGUUGCGCCACAAGUGGCAGCGUCCGGACGAAGCCGCCUACUGGGCCUGCCAGCAGGCGCAGCUGCAUGAGCAGCAGCUAGCGGCGGGUUGGCAACAGAUACCAUACGCUCAUCCACAGCAGGAUGAGAUGGGUGGACAGAGCGCGCAGAUGCACGCUCAAUACUGGGAGGCCAGGAACACGGAGGAGACACUUGCUGCUGCGCAUCGAGCAGCGGAGAAACGGCGCCGGAAUGACAUGGCGAUGGAGAGGGGAGACAGCGGUGUCGAUGUGUUGGGCAGGAACAAUGAGUCCAGGCUUGAAGAGACUGUGGCGCCCAGCCCAAACAUCGAUUCACGUUUGCUCGACAUGUAA